CCGUGAUCGGAACAGCAAUCAGUCACUCGUUUCGUACUUCAAGAUUUUUUUUGUUCUGGAUCCAGAAACUCUUUUCUCUUCUUUUCUUCUAAUCUGUCCAUCUCGCCAACUCCUCCUAAUCAGCAUACUCGAGUCACGUCCCAAUCUGUGCCAUAAUUCUCGACCAUCAGCAUUCCAUUCUGGCUCGUGACCUUCAAGGACUUCGUCAAUGACUACUUCGACACCCAUUUACCUCCCCUAAUCGCAGCUCAUCACCGCCUUGGUAACAUCCCAUUCCUUUCCGGUCUCUCCCACCCACCCGCAACGGACGUUUACCUCGCCCACAUCUUUCUCGACCAAUCUCCUUCUUGGUCAGUCAUUCGUACGCUUCACCGGUUCUUCUCUGAGCAAAGACUACGUCUCAGUCGUUGCGACAACCGAGAUUGACACUACUUGCACAUCGCAACCCAUGCCAAUGGCACGCUUUCGGUUACCACUCGCCCUGCUAUCUCUCGCUGUGUUCGCUGCGCACUCCGUUCUCGCACAAUAUGGCGCGUACGACUACGGCUUUGACGCAGCAAAGCUCAUAAAGCGCCAGCUCGCUUCGCAAGAACCGGUGCCGGUAGUAACGGGAGCCGAGGGUGGGGAGACAAUCCGACCUCGACAAGAAAUCCGUCAGCUGGAACAGGACAAAGAGCUAUGGACUCUCUAUAUCCUGGGGCUCAGUCUGAUGCAGUUCACCGACCAGUCAUCGCCGGUGUCGUGGUACGGGAUUACUGGGAUACACGGCAUACCUCACCAAACCUGGGGCGGUGUGACUCCUACUCCCGGAAAUGAGGAAACAGGAUAUUGUACUCACUCCUCGAUCCUCUUCCCGACAUGGCAUCGUCCUUAUCUUGCCCUCUACGAGCAAGUACUUUACAACCUGAUCCAAAACAUUGCCAAAUGGUGGCCCGAGGGCGAACCACGAAACCGAUACCAGGCGGCUGCUCUCCGGUUCCGCAUACCCUACUGGGAUUGGGCCUCCAGCCCGCCUUCAGGACAGAGCGUUCUGCCUCUUAGUGUUGGUGGGAGCCCGUACGUGGAUGUGAAUGGCCCCAAUGGAGUGCAGAGAAUUGCCAACCCCUUGUUCAGUUACUCCUUCAAGCCGCUGAAUGCUACUGCCUUUCUUCAGGAUCCGUGGGAUAUAUGGACAACUACUCUCAGAAGCCCGACUACCAGCGAUAACAAGGCGCAAUCCAACAACUCCCUCGUGGCUGUGAACUUUGACCAAAAUCUCGACUCAAUUGGCCAACGUCUUUACAUUCUUUUCUCCAACUACGGCAACUACAGCACCUUUAGCAACAACGCCUGGAUACCCUACAUCAAUAAUGGCUCCUUCGACUCCCUCGAAGCCAUUCAUGACACUGUACACAACCUAGCCGGCGGCGGCGGACUAGGCCAACCCAACGCUCAAGGCGGCCACAUGGCUUACAUCCCCUACUCCUCCUUUGACCCCAUUUUCUUUCUUCACCACGCCAUGGUCGACCGCAUCUUCGCCAUCUGGCAGUCCCUGUACCCAAGCAGCUACGUCACCCCCAUGCAAGCCUACAUCGCAUCCUACACCACCUCUCGAGGCGAGUUUCAGACCGCCGCCACCCCUUUGACACCAUUCUACUUUAACGCGAACGGCACGUUCUGGACAUCGGACAUGGUCCGCGAUCAUACGAGGUUUGGAUACACCUACCCCGAGCUGGUUGGAGUGUCGGGUAGUGUACCGAACAGCCAGAGCCGAUCACUGUCAAGGAGGGCAAGGGAAAGGGUAAUGGCAGCGAUCAACCGCCUUUACGGUCCAUCAACUCCCUCGAGUCUCUACCGCAAGGAACUACGAGCCGGAAGACUAGGACCAGGGAAAAAGGUCCCCGGCAAUCUACCUGCCGGAAGGGUCUUCAGCGGUAAUGGGCAAUACAGGGAGUGGCUAGCCAAUGUGAGGGUGAAGAAACAAGCCUUGGAUGGGCCGUUCUUCAUUCAUCUGUUUCUCGGGGAAGCACCAAAGGACUCGAAGGAGUGGGCGUCGGCCAAGAAUCAUGUCGGGUCGAUGGGGGUUUUUGCGUCGGAUGAGCGGUAUGGGGAGAGUAAGAUGGAUGGGAUGGAUGAAGUUAUGGUUUCGGGAACUGUGCCGUUGACAAAGGCGCUAGUUGAGAAGGUGAUGGGGACGGGGAGGUUCGGCGUUGGCGGUGCGGUCAAGGGUGUUGUUGCAGGUGCGGGAGGCAGAAGUGUCGGUGGUCGUUUUGUGGGCUUCGAAGGUGACGUUGGCAAUGGCUUCAGGGGAGAAGACGAAGGAUAUGGAGAAGAUGGAGAUUGGUUAGGACAGGGGGAGAUGUUGAGGAGUCUGGACCCCAAGGACGUGGAACCCUUUCUAAGGAGAAACUUGGUGGUGAAUAUCGUCAAGGUGGAUGGGAAGGUGGUUAUGCAUGGGAGUUAUGUGGAGGGUUUGGGGAUUCAUGUGGUCAGUUCUAGGGUGAGGGCGGCAAGAGUUGAGGAGGAGUUACCUGCUUGGGGCCAAGCGGAGAGUGGGUUUGAUGUUGUCUGAGGUACGAUCAUGUCAAGAGGUGUUGGCUUGGUUCUUUGACAAGACUUGUAGUUGUUAUAUGUUGUAUUGGUGGUGAUGGAAAAUAAGGGUAUGGCUUUUUGUUAGAAUAUGGGGAUGAUAAUGGCCCUUUAGGGUGUAAUUGUAGCUGAGAUUAAUGAAAGGCAGUG